UGAGAGCAGCUGCUCACAGCACAUUCUCCUCUGCGGGAGCACUCACUUUCCCCUCCGCCCGCUGAGCUAAAUCUCUUUUUCUCCUCUGUUCUUUUUACUCUCUCUGCUCUCUUUACGUUCUCUCUUCCUCUCUUUCUCCCACGCUCACUGUCUUUCUCCUUUGCCCUGCACACACACUCACACACACACAGACAUGCUUUCUCUGACUGUGUGGUGCUUGGCCACACAGACGUUAUUCUUUGUGCAGUAACAGGUAGACAUCAUAUCUGUGCUGCUCCGCGGAGGACAGAAGAGGGACCAUCGUUUUGGCUUUUUUUCUUUAUAUGUGGAAGUAAACUGUAGGAGAGGAAGCACAGGUGGAGGAGGAGGAGGAAGAGGAGAGGGGGAUAAGAGGAGGAGGAAGCUUCAGCCCCUCUAAUGCUCCACUUGACAUCAUGCUGCUCUGUGUGGAUUUGGUCCUCAGGGGAAAAUUCUUAAAAUGAUGGAAGACAACAAACAGCUGGCACAGAGGAUUGAUGGGGCCAUCCAGUCCGCCAGUCAGGAAGUGACCAACCUCCGCUCCGAGCUCUCCUCCACCAGCCGCAGACUGGCCGAGCUGGGUGCCAGCAGCCCCCCUGCUCUGGAGAACCACCACCAGUACAACCACCACGAUGACAGCCUCCACUACCGGGAUCCAUCUGUGCAUCACAGACAGAAGACAGUUGUGACGGACAUGUGCUACCCGACAGAGAUAUCCAGCCUGAUGGACUUUGGCACUCAAGACUGCUCGCUAGGCAAAGUGUUGUUGCGUGAGGAGGUGGUCCAGCUUCAAGAGGAGGUCCACCUGCUGAGGCAAAUGAAGGACAUGUUGAGUAAGGACCUGGAGGAGACCCAGGGAGGCUGCUCUGCCAAUCUGCUCUCAGCCACAGAGCUCCGAGUGCAGCUGGGUGACAAGGAGCAGGAGCUGGACCGUGCCAAGGAGGCCUUACAAGCUAUGAAAGCUGACCGUAAGCGUCUAAAAGUGGAGAAGGCAGACUUGGGGAAUCAAAUGCAGCAACUGUACACAACACUGGAGAGCAGAGAAGACCAGCUGCGAGAAUUCAUACGCAACUACGACCAACACCGAAAGGAGAGUGAGGAUGCAGUGAAAGCCCUGGCAAAGGAGAAGGACAUGCUGGAGAGAGAGAAGUGGGACCUGAGGAGGCAGACCAAAGAAGCCACAGAGCAGGCCAACAUCCUGCGUUCUCAGAUGGACAUGAAGGAGAACAGGGUCAAAGAACUGGAGGCCGAGCUCACCAUGGCGAAGCAGUCUCUGGCCACUUUGACAAAAGACGUACCGAAGCGCCACUCACUGGCCAUGCCUACAGAGCCCGUGAUGAACGGCAGUCAGGAGUGGGUGAUGCAGGCCGACCUGCCGCUCACUGCCGCCAUCCGUCAGAGCCAGCAGACCCUCUACCAUGGACACACCACUGACAGACAGGCUGUGGUCAGGAUCAGCCCCUGCCACUCUCGCCAGCCCUCUGUCAUCUCUGACGCCUCUGCGGCCGACGGAGACCGCUCGUCCACGCCGAGCGACAUCAACUCACCUCGUCACCGGACCCACUCCCUCUGCAAUUCCAUGGAGGACCUGGAGGACCAGAAGCGUAAGAAGAAGAAGGAGAAGAUGACUCUGGGAUCCCUGUCGCGGGUGUUCGCUCGAGGCAAGCAGCGCAAGUCACUGGACCCCGGCCUGUUUGAUGGUACAGCCACCCCUGAUUAUUACAUAGAGGAGGAUGCCGACUGGUGAUGCUGAGUGUGUGAGCCUGUGUGUGAGUGGUAAACCUGUGUGGAUAUUCACCUGGCUUUAAACGUGUGUAAAGAGUGUUUCGUGUGUGGGUUUGUCUGGAGGGGGGGUCAGUUUUAAAAGAAAAGCCUAAAAGAGACUGCUAUCCCCAUAAAUGUACAGUAUAUUACCAUUAAAUUGUAUGUUUGUAAAUUAGAUAUAUAUUUAUAGAUGUACAUGUAUGCAUAUGUAUAUAUGUUUACAUGCAUAUAAAUAUAUACAUUGGGUUAUUAUUAUGUGUAGACAUGUUUAUGCUGUAUUAUCUUCCCAAUGUCUUAAUGUUUUAUGUUUUUUUUAUAACUGGAGACUUGAAGGACCGCUGUUCAUAUGUAAAUAGGAGCUAUUGUGAAACUAGUGUUUUUACUGUAAAUGUCAUUUGACUUUUGUUACUUUACUGUUGCUUUUAUCAUGCUUUGCAACAUUGAUUUAAGGUUUCUUCCUAUUCCCAAUCUUACUUGGCCUGUUUCUUAUUAUGAAAGAGAAGAUAUUACCUGAUUGGCUUUAAAAGAAAUGUAUCUUUUGGAGUUUAAUUGGCCAAAAUUCUGUUGUUUCAAAUUGCCUGUUGGAAUGGAAAGUAGUACUUUGUUUCAGAGGUAUUGAUGCUACAAGAUUGCCAUACUUUUCAUUUUGUAAAAUCUGGCUCAUAUAUUAACAUAUCACAAUGUGGGCAGCAGGGAGGUUUUUUGACGAAGCUUUCUCAUCCGUUUAUGCUCAAUAUCAUAUUAUCAGUUACAAUAAUUAACGACUGGCAAACAAGAGUUUUUAAGUCAAUCUUUCUGAAAAUGUAAUUGCACGGACCUGAAAACAAAAACAAAAGUGAUGCAUAGUCACACACCUCUCAUCUGCUGUUGAAACCAUGCGCGAGUGCCAAAGGUGAAACACUCAUCUCCAGAAAGUCUGCGUAUCAUUCUGUCACUGUUAGCACUAGCCUCGUAACAUUGUUUAUGUCUGACUCAUUUCUUAUUGAGAGCUAUCUAACGUGCCAAUAUGAGACGAAGGAAUGCGCAUUAAACACCUGCAUGAUCCCUCUGUGCUUCAAUUAGAUGUCCAUUCAUUGCCAAUCAAGUUUAUAUUCUCCAUACUCCUGUGUUGCUCCUGUGUUACCUUUUCCCUUUGCAAAGUUAUCUUCCUUGCAUUAUGAAUGCACGGCCCCUUUUAUUGUUUUUUUUGCUGUUUUUGUUUUGCUUUAUGUAGAAUCCCUCCUCAUUUCUUGCAAAUGUGGCUCUAAUAGUUAUAUGUUAAAUGCUUUGUAAUUUAGGAGAUGUUGCAUAAAAGAUUAAAUCUAUUGAAGUAUUUUAUUUAAAAAGAAAAAAUACAAAGAAGAAUUAACUUCAAAUAUUUAUCUGCUGCAGCUGUUGCAGCCAGAUGUUGAGGAGGUUUUAGCAUUUUCAAAAAUGAAUUAUAAUUGAAAUGAAAUCUUAUUUUAAAAA